ACUAAAAAACAUCGCAAAUUUGUGUAAAAGACUCUCUCCUCGUUAGCGGAUUCCGAAGGGAAACAGUCGUCGCUUGUUUGCUGAGCGGAGGACUUCUUCCAUGAAUCCCACUUCUUCUUCUUCUUCUUCUUCUUCUUCUUCUUCCUCGCUUAGAUGGCGAAUUCUUCGCCAAGCGCUUCUCCGUAGAUCUGAUUCUCAAUCUCAAUCUGGGAUCAAGCGGAUUUCAAGGAAACCAACUCAAGGAUUCAACUUGAUUCCGUGUCAGGUGGUGGAUUCUUCUCCGGCAUCGGGAAAUUCUCGGGAAGCACGCGUUUGCUACACAAUUCCCAUCCCUGCUUCUCCGAAACUCUAUCUAACACAAAGAGUGGAUAAUUGCAGUGAUCUCAAUGACUUUGAGAUAUCUAAUCGAUACAACAUUGAUAAUACAGGACUUGUCUGUCAAUGGCCCUCAGAAGAAGCUCUAGCAUACUUUUGCAAGUCUCAUCCAGAUCGUUUCAGAGAUAAAAGAGUAAUUGAGCUUGGAUCUGGGUAUGGAUUAGCCGGUUUAGUUAUCGCAGCUGUCACUGAGGCAUCAGAAGUGGUAAUCUCAGAUGGAAAUCCCCAAGUAGUCAAUUAUAUUAAGCGUAACAUAGAAUCAAACUCCAUGGCAUUUGGCAACACAAGUGUAAAAGCCAUGGAGUUGCACUGGAAUCAGCAUGAACUUUCAGAGUUAACCAACACUUUUGACAUCAUAGUUGCGAGCGAUUGUACCUUUUUCAAGGAAUUUCAUAAGCACCUCGCAAGUAUCAUCAAGGUGCUGCUUAAAGCCAACGAACCCUCUGAGGCAUUAUUCUUCAGUCCUAAGAGAGGUGGCUCUUUAGACAAGUUUCUGAAGGAGGUUGAAGACAUUGGUUUACAUUACAUCUUAACCGAGAACUACGAUGCACAAGUUUGGAGGUGCCACGAGACGCUUGUGAAAGGAGACGAAUCUUGGCCUAACUAUGACAAGAACCACUGCUAUCCUUUACUUAUUCAAAUUACUAAUCAUAAUUAGUCAAGACUAUUUCACCUUUACGGCUAUGGACGGCGAAUAAGUAAACGCAGGAAGCAGAAUCGCUCACCAUCAUGGAGCAACGAGAUGAUAAAUCCAAGAACAGAGGCGUAAGGAUGGAGAUGGAGACAGAAUAUAGCCAUGGGAGGAGACAAGAAGAUUGAGAAAUCACAGAAUCUAGAAAGAAGUGAAUUGGUGUGACCGUGUGAGUGAGUGAAAGAGAGAGAGAGAGGAGAGUCUUCAAUCAUAAGGUCGUAAUUUGUUUUCCUCUACAACUGAUUCUGCUUUUUCUGUGUUUUUUUAUUAUAUUCAUAUUAAAUAUAUACCUAAAACUAUGAUUACCCGCCAAUUUUUAAAGAUUUUCGACGUAAAUUGUCGAACUUAUGAGUC